UUUAUUUGAAAACACGUGCGAAGCACACAAGCAUUGUAUCAUUCAAACGAGGAGCACUACGUUUAUCAAGUGAAAUUUUUUAAGGUUUUUUUCUAAUAUAUUCAAAAUAAAUAAACAAAACAAUUUUUUGAUUGAAUUGAAAAACUUGUUUUGAAUAGUUCCCAAAAGUUGUUUAUUGUGUAAAACUUUAAUUUGAAAGAAAGAAAAAUGGGCAAACCAGGUUUCGUAGGUGGACGUGGUGGUGGCGGUGGACGUGGUGGUUUCGGUGGACGUGGUGGCGGCGGUAGCCGCGGUGGUGGUAGUGGUGGACGUGGAGGUGGUGGUUUCAGAGGAGGUCGUGGAGCAGGCGGUGGUCGUGGUGCACCACGAGGUGCUGGUGGUUUCAGAGGAGGUCGUGGAGCAGGCGGUGGUCGUGGAGCACCACGAGGUGGUAAAGGAGGCGGCUUCAAAGGAGGUAAAACUGUCGUCAUUGAGCCACAUCGUCACGAGGGCGUGUUUAUUGCUCGUGGCAAAGAAGAUGCCUUAGUUACACGCAAUUUAGUUCCCGGUUCCGAAGUGUAUGGCGAAAAACGUAUCUCAGUCGAAACAAAUGGUGAAAAAAUUGAAUACAGAGUAUGGAAUCCAUUCCGUUCAAAAUUGGCUGCAGCUAUUUUAGGUGGUGUUGAUAAAAUUCAUAUGCCACCUGGUUCAAAAGUAUUGUAUUUAGGUGCCGCGUCUGGAACAACAGUGUCACAUGUGUCAGAUGUAGUUGGUCCCGAAGGAUUAGUAUAUGCUGUUGAAUUUUCACAUCGGUCUGGGCGAGAUUUGAUAAAUGUUGCUAAAAAGCGUACAAAUAUUAUACCAAUCAUUGAAGAUGCACGUCAUCCGCACAAAUACCGAAUGCUUGUCGGUAUGGUUGAUUGUGUGUUUGCUGAUGUUGCACAGCCAGAUCAGGCUCGUAUUGUUGCAUUAAACUCACAAUACUUUUUGAAAAAUGGUGGACAUUUUGUUAUCUCAAUAAAAGCAUCAUGUAUUGAUUCAACCGCACAACCAGAAGCUGUUUUUGCCGCCGAAGUGAAAAAAUUACAAGCUGACAAAUUGAAACCACAGGAACAAAUUACACUUGAACCGUACGAACGAGACCAUGCUGUUGUCGUUGGUGUAUUCAGACCACCGCCAAAGAAUUCUAGUUAAACAAUCCUCACCCUCAAGUUUUUUAGGACUUGUCAUCAGAGUUUUUUUUAUUUUAAGUCAGUUUCCAAAUUGAUUAAUCCGUUUAAAAAUAUAGUUAUCAAAAACAAAUGCAAAACAUUAAUGCGUGAUGACAUUAAAGGACAUUUUUGAUCUAUAAC